AUGGAAAAGGAAGAAAGUUUUUCAUUAGAAAAAGGAGACGCCAAUCUAGAGCUUGAUGAUGAUGGAAAACCUAGAAGAACAGGAGGGCUUAAAUACAGGUUCUGUGGGAUAGCUCAAUACCAAACUCUUGUUGGUGUAAGUAUUGGAUACACCAUCACUUCGUCAAUCAGCAUGGCGGCGAUUAAACGAUCAAACUGUUUUCAUAAAUACGGCCACGACAAGGAGUGUCACACAUUGAACACUCAAUAUUUGAUAAUCUUUGCAUGUAUUGAGAUCAUUCUGAGCCAAAUACCAGACUUCCACAAGCUGUCCUUCAUUUCCAUAGUCGCCACCAUCAUGUCUUUUGCUUAUUCUAGCAUUGGCAUUGGUCUCUCCAUUGCCAAAAUUGCAGGAGGUGCACAUCCAAACACAAGCCUUUGGAUACCAACUAGGACAGAUAUAUCAAAUACGAACAAAAUGUGGAACACCUUUUGUGCCAUUGGUGACAUUGCUUUUGCUUAUUCUUUCUGUGCAGUUCUCAUUGAGAUACAGGACACACUGAAAUCAAGUCCUCCAGAAAACAAAGUCAUGAAAACGGCUACAACCAUUGGAAUAUCAGCUUCUACAUCCUUUUACAUGCUAUGUGGGCUACUUGGAUACGCUGCAUUUGGCAACGACGCGCCUGGAAAUUACUUGACUGGGUUUGGUUACUACGACCCUUUUUGGCUCAUUGACAUUGGUAACUUGUGCAUUGUUAUUCACCUUCUUGGAGCUUAUCAGGUGAUAGUCCAACCUUUUUUUUUGCAUUUGUGGAGAAUUGGACUCGUAGAAAAUGGCCAGAAAGUGAGUUCGUGA